AUGCAUCCCCGUCUCACGCCCUUUGUAGGCCGCGCCCUCCUCCUCCCCAAGCUCUUCGUUCGCCCCUCCUCUUUCCAGUCUCGCCCCGCACCCCCCAAGCUGCCCGCCGACGAGCAAAUCGAGUUCGAGCGACUGCAGCGUGCCGCCGCCGUGUCCUCGGCAUUUCAAGCCCUCGAUGGCGCCGUGAACCCGUCCCCAUCGGCACCGGCGGACGCGAACCUGCCGAGCAAGGCUACGUCGGAAGAGCAGGUGGGCGCCGACGCCGACGCCGACGCCCUCCAAGGCCUCAUGCGCGGCGCGCCCCCCGAGUUCGAAGGCGACGUCAACCCGAAGACGGGCGAAGUGGGCGGGCCGAAGCGAGAACCUCUGCGCUGGGGAAGCCAGGGCGACUGGAGCUAUAACGGGCGCGUCACCGACUUCUAG